GGUGCGCGCAAGCGCAGUUCCCGCUCCCGGCUCCCGGCUCCCGGCUCCUAGCUCCCGGCGGCGUGUUCUUCUUUCCUUCGCUUCCCAGCUUCCCGGCAGGUGGACGCGCGCGCUUCACGGUUGGCCUCCCGCCGCGCCUUGUCCUGUGCUGCGGACGCUCGCCCUGCAGGCCGCCGGCUCCCGAAGCCGCUGCUCUGGGCCGCGCGCCUCCAUUGGCGACAGACCCAUGGCCGAGCGCGGGGAUCUUGACCUGACCGGCGCCAAACAGAACACCGGAGUGUGGCUGGUCAAGGUUCCUAAAUAUUUGUCACAACAAUGGGCUAAAGCUCCUGGAAGAGGUGAAGUUGGAAAGCUGCGGAUCGCUAAGAGUCAAGGAAGGACUGAGGUGUCAUUUACUUUGAAUGAGGAUCUUGCAAAUAUUCAUGACAUUGGCGGAAAGCCGGCUUCAGUCAGUGCUCCCAGAGAACAUCCGUUUGUCUUGCAGAGUGUUGGAGGACAGACGUUAACAGUGUUUACCGAGAGCGCGUCGGAUAAGCUUUCAUUGGAAGGAAUAGUAGUCCAAAGAGCCGAAUGCCGACCCGCCGCCAGUGAAAACUACAUGAGAUUAAAGAGAUUGCAAAUAGAAGAGUCUUCCAAACCUGUGAGGCUGUCACAACAACUGGACAGAGUCGUGACAACCAAUUACAAACCUGUUGCCAAUCAUCAAUACAAUAUUGAAUAUGAAAGGAAAAAGAAAGAAGAUGGGAAACGAGCUCGAGCUGAUAAACAGUACGUGUUGGAUAUGCUGUUUUCGGCCUUCGAGAAACAUCAGUAUUAUAAUCUUAAGGACUUGGUGGACAUCACGAAACAGCCGGUGGUGUACCUGAAGGAAAUUUUAAAAGAGAUCGGCGUUCAGAAUGUAAAAGGGAUCCACAAAAACACGUGGGAGCUGAAGCCAGAGUACAGACACUACCACGGAGGGGAGAAGAGCGACUGAGGAGCCGCGGGCCGCGCGCGCACAGGGCCGCGCCGACGCUUCCCUGGGGGCGCGUCUGUCCUGGGGUGACGGGACUGAUGCUUUAACUUCUCUAGGUAAAUUUUUCAAACAACAGUUCUUGGAAAGGGACCUGCGUGUUUUUUGAGGGGAAAGAACAAAUUUAUAGACUUAAACUUGUAUUAAAUCAGAUUCUUCAUGAUGGGCUUGAGCUUUGGCGAGUUAAAGAGGCUUUUCUUUUUUGAAUCUUAACUUUUAACAUGUAAAAUUAAGAAAUGGUUUCUAAAUGAGGACUCUCCCCUUGCUUUUGUAAUCUGAGGAGCAGAGCAGUACAAACCCAGGGUGAAUGGCACAGCAAGAAAAAAUAGCCAACGACGGGAGCUCUUAAAAGGAAUAAAAAGCCAGAGUGGUUCCUUAUUUUGCAAUUGUGGAAGAACAAAGCUGUCUUUUUUUAAAUAGAUGAUCAUGUUUCAUAUUCACACACAUUAAUAAAGAGAGCACUUAUGUUUGCGCUAGGAUAGCAGUUUUCAUCAGUAGUGACGUGAGGAAGUAGAAAAAGUCAUGGUCAGUUGGUGUUUAUUUGCUUUUAAAAUACUUAGAAAUUAAAUGCUUUUCCAACAGUUCAAGAUAUGUCUCCAUCAUCGAUUAGAAGGUUCUCAGAGACAGACUGAGCCCCAGAGUUUUACUGUACACUCAGCAGGCAUGUGUGGACUGUCAUGUGACAUGAUAUUGACAAGCCGAAGGACAGUGGUAGAAUUAGGCUGUUACAUCUAGACAGAGAGCUUAAGUCAGUUCCUGGGGACUGGAAAAGUUUCUUGUAUCUUUUUAACUAAUUUUAAAUAAAAGCAGUACAUGUCCACGAUUAAA